UCAGAGUCAGAGGAUGGGGCAGAAGAGGAGGGCAGUGACCUCCGUCGCCAUGUCUUCAGCUGCGGAAAGGGCCUGGAGCAAUUCAAGACUUUUUUACAGGGAACCCCUGGGGAGAAGCACUUGAGUCUGUGGAUGGACAUUGAAAGGCUAAAGAUCAUUAUGGAUACAGAGAAGAGAAACAGACAUCUUUAUCGCAUGAGGAGCCGAUACAUGCUAAGCAGCGGGCAGAGUUACCUGAACACAGAGCUAUUGUCCCGACUGGCCCUGUCACAGGCUUCCUGCUGGAUGGAGAAGCACCUGCAGCAAAUCCAGCCCAAGAUCACUGAGCCUUUGCUACUAUACUGGGGUCCGAGGUUUUGUUUGGCUCACGCAUCUCCUAGAGAAAAGGUGGCCGCCAAGCUCAGGCUGUGGCGAGAGCGUCAGUUGCGACCCCCCUUGAAUAUUGACCCCCACCCACGGACCGUCACCCUGCUGCCUCUCAGGCCCAAGUCCUGUGUGCCCAGGAUCGGUCCUCAGAAGCCCGACCCAGCGAGGUCCUCAGUGAGGUGCAGUCGAUCUGAGCUUGUGUCUCCGAAGCCCAGGAUAAUGCUACCUGCCUCUUUGCAGCCCAGACUGAGCUCCCUUGGGCCUGUGCCCAGUAAAACUGCUCCCACGCUGGCUGGAACGCUCAGGAGGAGGUCAGGAGACGGGAAAUGUGAUAUUUAUCAGCUAGAAAACGCAUAAAACGGUACCUGAUUCAGAACAAGGGAG